AUGAAGCGGCAGAGGUCGUUCGGCGACGGCCUGGACGACGACCGGCGGAGGUUCUACGACCGCGGGCCCCCGCCGCCCCCACCGCCGCGGCGCCCGCCGCGGGAGUACGAGGGCGACAGGUUCGAUCGCCGGAAGGGGUUCGGUGGCGGCGGCGACAGGUUCCACGACAGCCGGUACCGAGAGUACCCCUCCCCAAGGGAGUAUGGUGGGGACCGGGCGAUGCACCGGUCCGAGAGCUUCUCUGGCUUCCGCCGGGAGUUCCCCAAGGGUUUCCGGUCGGAGCGUGACAGGUCGCGGCGGGAUGGUGACGGCAGCUCGACGUGGCGUCCGCCGCGAAGCGGGUGGAGGGACGCCGAGUGUAUUGACGAGUACAGGGCACCCGCCAGGCUGGGAGCGCCAUCGCUGCCUGGGCAGCCGCGGCGGUCGCGGUCACGGUCACGGUCACGGUCGCCCAGUGAGCCGAGAAGGAGGUUUGAGGUUGCCAAGACAGAGAAGCUGAGGAAUCACACUGCCGGCGUCAAUGAGGUGGAGGAAGGGGAGCUCGCAUCAGAUGCUGAGCCCAAGGCCAGGCCUGCUGCCGUGGAGCAUCGGAAGCAGGUUGAGCCAAGCCGUGUUAAGGAGAAGGGGCUGGAGCAAGGUAAGGUGAAGAAAUUGAAUUCUGGGGUCCAAGCAAAUUUGGGAGGUCAAGCUAAUGGAGCCUCUAGUGCAUCUGAUGCUGACAAUGCAGCGAAGGAGGAGGAAGGCAAGAAAAGGGAUGGUAUACUGCUGGCUGAAGCAAUGGAUGAAGCGCGUGAGAAGUCUUCAACGAUGGUUACAGAGGAAGUCAGUGGAGGACAUGAGGUACAAGCACUAUGUGUGGCUACCACUGAUGCUAGUAAGUUUGGGCUAACCACAUCACCCAUGCAGCAAGGAGUGCUGCAGGAGGAAGUGAAGCCAGAAGAAGAGACUACCAAUUCGGUUGACAUGGUUGGGGAGAGCACUUCCUCUACUAUGCUGAAGGAGGGUACUCAGGAAGAAGCAACAACAAGAGAUAAAACUAACAAUGAUACUGAUGAAGUCAGAGAGAGUGCUUCAUCCAGUUUUAGUCAAGCUGCGCAGGAAGUGAUGGCAUUACACAAGACUGCCAAUGCUGCUAUUGAGGUUGCCAAGAGCAUUUCACCUCUCAUGCAGCAAGAAGUGCUACAGGAUGCAGUGUUGGAGUUAGACAGUACUGCCCAUGCUGUUGAUGAGGUUGUGAAUAGAGCUUCCUCUGAUAUGCUGCAGGAAGUUCUUCAGGAAGAAGUGAUGCAACAUGAUGGAAGUGCCGAUGUUGUUGAUAUGGUUGAUACUGGCACUUCUGAUCUGCCGCAGGAGGCAAUGCAGGAAAAAACGAUAAUAUUGGAUGGAACUGCCCAUAAUAUCGAUACUGUAGAACCGGUCAGUUAUUCUGGUAUGCUUAAGGAAGCCAUGCAUGAAGGAGAGCUGACAAUGGAUAAAACUGCCAUUACCACUGUUGUAGCAGAACAAAGUAAUUCAUCCGAUAUGGUGGAGGAAGUGAUGCUCGGUAAAGCAGUUGUGCGAGAAGUAACCUCCAGUGCUGUUAAUUCAAUUGGCGAGAGUAAUAUGUCUACUGGGCUGCAGGGAGAGGUGAUGGUUUCUCAAAACCAACAGGCUCCUGAAAGUAAAGAAUUUAAAAAAUUAACUGCAAUUGGAGAGAUGGAUGAGCCAACAGAAGAUAUCACAUCUCAGCCUCUAGAAGGGGAACUUGAGAUGCAUCAUUGUGGGAAAAGAGGUACAUCAGAGGAAACCAUGAUAGUAGAAAAGGAGGCAUCUGUUAUGCAUGAAAAUGUUGAGAAACAAGUAAAAGGAUUUGAUAUCGAGGCCAAAUCUGACUGUGCCCAUAUGUUCCUUAAACAAACGAAAGAACAUGCUGGGGGUAGUAAGGAAGAGGUUUCCAGUACAAAUCUAAUGACAAGGGAGAUGACUGAAGAUAAAGGAAAUGGCAUAGCAUUUGAUGUCCUUAGUAAGAAAGUUAAAGUAGAUCAUUCAAGUUCACUGGGAAGAGGUCUUGAAUCAACAUUGCAGCUUGGGGCAGAACCAACACAAACAUCAAAAUCUGCUUCAACCACUGUUGUAAAGACAGAACAUGACACAAUCAAGCUAGAGAAACUUGAUUUGUCAUUGAGCUUAUCAGUUUGUUUACAGAAUUCUGGAUCUAAGUCUUCGAUUCCUAAAGCUGCUUCUUUAGUCCAUGCAGCAUGCUCUCAGCCAUUACCGUCAUCAUCUUUCCUCACUAACUCAGAUGGGUUCCCAACUUCAAUACCAUUGACCAAUUCUCAAACACUUGGUCACAAUCCUAGUUGCUCACUCACCCAACAGUCAUUAGACAAUUAUGAGCAUUCAGUAGGCAGCAAACCUUUCUUUAUGGGAGUUGAUCAGACGAGCAAUCACACAGGAAGGCAAGCUCAGCUAUCUAGUGAAUCUACACAGAAGGGGAGUGCUACCCCACUCCUUCAGAGAGUACUCCAAAAUGGCCAUAUGGCAGAUAAUAGCACUUUGGCUGGGAUAAAAGGGCAUAACAGCGGAAUAUCCACUGACCUACAGAGACAAAUCCCAGGAGUUUUGUCGCCAACACAUAGUCGUGGUUCUCACGACUCUGGAUUGGAACAUAAUAGACAUAGAAGGCAACUUACAAGAGAGAGAAGUAGCAACAGCCUUCCAAGGGGUGAACGGCAGGAGGAGGGACAACUUGUCAUUAAUGGUGCUGGUGUCAUUGAGAGGAUUAUUUCCAAGGUUGUUUCAGAACCUUUGCAUCUUACAGGAAGGAUGCUUCAAGAGAUGACAGAAAAUUCUAUAACUUAUUUGAGGGAGGCCAUUUCUGAAAUCAUAGUUGAUCCAGAUAAAAGAGGACAAAUAAUUGCUUUGCAGGAGGCACUCAAGAAAAGAUCUGACUUGAAUAUUGAUAUGUUGCGAUCAUGUCCACGUCUGUUGAUGGAGAUACUUGUUGCUAUAAGGACUGACCUUCCAUAUUUUAUAAAGAAAAGUAGUAGUGUUGCUACAUCUAAUUUGGUUGACAUUUUUCUCAACUUGAAAUGCCGAAAUCUCUCAUGCCAAAGCAUUCUGCCAGUGGAUGAUUGUGAUUGUAAGAUUUGUCAGAGGAAGACUGGUUUCUGUAGUUCUUGCAUGUGCAUUGUCUGUUCAAAGUUCGACUCAGCGUCUAAUACUUGUAGUUGGGUUGGUUGUGAUGUAUGUCUUCAUUGGUGCCACACAGACUGUGGCCUACGCCACUCUCUUAUUCGAAAGGGGCAAAGUGCUUCAAGGGCAUAUGGAACUACUGAGAUGCAGUUUCACUGUGCUGCCUGCGGACACCCAUCAGAGAUGUUUGGUUUUGUGAAGGAAGUAUUUCGAACAUGUGCGCGGCAAUGGAGGAUCGAGAUGCUGGUUAGAGAGUUACAAUAUGUAGAAAGAAUUUUUUCUGCAAGUGAUGAUGUAAGGGGCAAGAGGGUCAGGGACUUCGUGAAGCAGAUGCUAAUUAAGUCAGAAAACAAGGCUUAUCAUCCUGAAGUUGUCAGAUGUGUCAUUGCAUUCUUUUCUGAUGAUGGUGCUAACUUUGGCAUUGAUCCAUCAGUACCACUCAAAGGAAUUCCAUGCAGCAUUUCUGAAGCUAUUGAUGGGAUUCCUAGUUCAAGUCGGAAGGCAGCAUGGAUACCAUUUACCUUAGAGGGACUUCCAGUUUUAGACAAAACAACUGCUCUUCCUACCACAGGGAGCCCAUCUGUGCCUAGAAAAUCUGGUGAAGCUAAGUUUCAGACAAUUGAUAAUAAGCCUGCCACUGAUGAACUGGAUAGCCUGAUCAGGUUAAAGCAGGCUGAAGCGUAUAUGUACCAGGAAUGUGCAAAUGAUGCACGCAAUGAAGUUGACAAUCUGAGACAUAUUGUUAUGGUAAAAAAUGCACGAAUUGAGGAAGAUUAUGCCACCCAAAUUGCUGAUCUUGACAUAAAUGAGUUACAAGAGCAGCGCAAGCGAAAGAUUGAAGAACUCCAAGUCAUUGAAAGAACACACCAUGAAUUUCACAGCAUGAAAACUAGGAUGGUAGCUAGCAUUGGGGAGUUAUUGUCAAAAAUGGAGGCACUGAAACAAAAUCAAAGCACAUGA